AUGGCAUAAAGUUUGAAUUUGAAUACUUCAAAGCAGAGUUAUGUAAUACCAGAGGAUGUAAUUACAGACACUUAGAGACUUGGUGUGAUGAAAGGAUAUACUCACAUGCAGUCAGAUAACUAGAUAGCCUUACAAGUUUUAUACAAGUUUUAGAAUUUUAAUAUCUAUCCCUAUACAAAAGUAGAAGAAGAUACUUUAUUAAGUGCCUUAGAUAAAAUGGUAGGUGAUUAAUUUGACAGAGAAGUAGCCAGACAAUUAUUUGAACAAUGUAAUCCUGACUAUAGAAAUCGUAUUCAAAUAGAAGACUUCAUUAGAGCUAGUUUUGAUGCUCUUAAAAUUUUACAAGAGAGAAUUUUUAAAUCUAAAUAGGAAGUUGCAGAAAGAAAUAAAGAACUCAAGCAAAUAGAAAAUCUAAUAUUGCAAAAUGAUGAUUAAUAAAAUUUGAAUUAAUUUGGAAUAGAUAACAAUAGUCAUUUGAAGAUAGAUGUUAUUGAAGCCUGCGAUCUUUAUCACUAAGGCAAUCCUAAUGAGCUGCCUUAUGUAAUGUUAAAGUGUGGAGGAAAAAACCAUAAAACUACAGUGCCUUUCAUAAAAGAUUAAGUUAAUCCAAAGUGGAAUCAAUAAUUUGAUUUUCCAAUUUUUAUGGGAAGUGAGGAGCUUUAUGUUGAAAUCUUAAGCUUUGAUACAGUGUAAAACAUAAAUUAUUUGAUAGGUUAAGUAGUUAUCCCGGUUAAUGGUUUAAGAGAUUAACUAAAAUCUGAUAAAUGGCAUCCAAUUUACGAUGUAAAUAAUAUCCUCACAAGAGGAAGAAUAAGGCUAACCUUACAUUGGAUUCAUAAUAAACAAUUAUAUUUAGAGAAUAUGGCUUAAAGUCUAUAAUCACACAUAGAUCAAGUGUAAGCUGAAAUCAUAGAUUAUGAGUAUGAUACAAAGGUUAUAUAAUCAUAUUUAAAUGGAAAUCCUAUAGUUUAUAGUGGCCAAACAUUUUAAAGGAGAGAAACUGUAUAAAAUAUGGUAGCAAAUGCUUCUACUCCAUCAUAUCUUAAAUAAACUCUCAUACUUUCAUUUGUUUUAUUGUUCUGUGCUACUUUACAGUCUUUGAAUAGACCUCCCUUUGUCGAUAUUAUGAUUGGCUUAUUUAUUCUAAUUGGAUUCUUUAUCAAUUUCUUCGAAAGAGUUUACUUUUAAGUCGUCUUAGCCAUCUUACUCUUCUCAUUCUUAUCUGAUGUUGUGUGGCUUGGAUACAACUUCGAAAGUUGGUGGAGUAAUUAAGGACAGUAAGAUGUUUAUUCUGAAUCUGCUCAUGUUGUACUAAGAUUUGCUUUAAUAUUCAUUAUUUUUACUCUUGGAGUCAAGAUUGCUCUUGGAAUUUAUUUAUAUCAAACUCUAGACUUAUUCUUGCAUAUGAAUUAACACUUUAUUUUUUCAUUUGGAGAGUAUCAAUUUGUAAUACGUGGGCAACUAGAAACAGUUAAAAGUGCUCCUAACGAGAACCCAUUCUUCGAUCACAUUAACACUAUAGGCAUGAAAUAAAAUACUACAUACUUAAAAGGAAGGUUGAGCACAACUUAAAAGAACAUAACUGAAACAAGAGUAAACAAUUAACUUGUAAACUCAUAGGCAAACUACUAAACUCAACCUGGUAAAUUUUGA